GUCGUUCCAAGAAUUUAAUCGCAAUUCUAAAAUUCUCAAGACAAUUUGAUCUUAGAGAUAUCGCAGAAUAUGUCAAAGUGAAUUCGAGUCAACCCUGGGGUCCCGAAAUUCAAACAAUAUUUAUCGUCCUCAAUGCAUUUAUCAACUCUAAAGUACGAACACAGCAUAUAUCGCUUGACCGAAAAGCAAUUUUUCCUGAACCUCCUCCAAACAAUAGAAUAUUUUUGACCGGAGGUAUAGAGUUGAUGAAGGGAUUCUGGCAAACAAUACGUCCUGGAUGGGCAACGUAUUAUCCUUCGGGAAACUUGAUUGACGUUAUUCCUUAUAUCAUCGCGAACGUCUCUCAACGUGGGUUGAGGUCACGAAACGAACUACGACGUGGAUUGACCUCUGAUGAAAUCAAACGUCUUUCAGAAUUUCUUAAAGACAAUGACAUCACCACAGUUUAUCGUGGCGACCGUGGAAAACCGAAGCACAAGGUUUUUCGAGUAUCCGAUAGGUCUGCUGAAGAAAGUGUAUUUAGUAUAGACGGGGGAGGGAGGAUCAGU